GUUUUUUUUAAACAUCUGAAUUUCCUCAUUGAACAACUUUGAACCACACCUCAAAAAGCCAGAGAAAUCGUACUAGUUCGUUGAGUUCUAUACGCUGGGAUCUGAAAAGUCGUGAAGCCGACAUUACUGGAUAUCCUGAUUUUUUGGGGCACAUUUAACAACGAGGCAGGUUAAACCCUAAAGUGGCAGUAAGUUCUUCAAUCUGAUUGGAUUCUGAAGAAGGAUUAAGACGACGGAAGGACUGAAAGAAUCAGGACCUGAUCAUUUUGGGGGUCUGGGUUUGGGGUUUGACCCAACUUUGGAUAUCUGAUGCAAGGCAUCUGGAUGCACCAGGAAUAUCCCAAGAUUGAGGGUCACAGGGGUUACCCGUCUUCACCAUCCUGCAGGGCGGCGACAGAGAGCAGGGCGGUAAUUCGUCAGAACCGGAGGAGCCCAGGAAUGAGCGACUUCUGGCACAAGAUGGGCUGCUGUGUGGUGGCCAAACCCCCACCGAAGAAGAAGAGGAGGAAGAUUGACCGCAGCAUGAUCGGAGAACCCACAAACUUUAUGCACCUUACACACAUUGGCUCUGGAGAGAUGGCAGAAGGUUUGCCACCAUCAGGGUCGGUCCAGGAACAGAUGAGGUCCAAAGGACCCAGUACUAAUGGUAGAAGCAACCUCUUGUAGACGACAUAACAUGGACCGGUUGAGAGACUCGAUGUAAGCAUGUCAUUCGUUUCCUCGGACCCAGCCUCAAGUCAACCUGUGUGGACCACCUCUACACAUUGUACUUAACCACUCCAGCAGGCGAAAUCAGACCCCUUCUGCUCCCCAUCCAGCCUGGCCCCCUCCAUGAAAUGACUUCAUUUCCCAGAGUCCCGAUCAGCCCCCACCAUCCAGUUUCAGAUAACCAAAAAAAAAAAAAAACUUGACUCUUGUCUUGCAGAGGGAAAGUACCCUGGAUUCACCCUCAGCAUUGGGGACUAGCUCCGAUUGUGUGUGGGCUUUUAGGUUUCUUUGUUAGAACAUAAGUCUUUUUUAGACUGCAGACUACUGGCAGAUUCAGAUUUUCCUAUCGGUCUUAAGCAAGGUAUUGUCCGAACAUUUCACAUUUCUUAACAAGAUCGCCUAACAACUGAUAGUGUACUUACAAAACCACAAACAGGUUUUCCUUUUUUAAACCCAGUAAUGGUUUUACUGCCUUAUAAGUGGUGAACAAUGGGAAUUGAGACCAACUGUUUCCUAUAGCACAAAGACAAGCAGGCAUUUCCAAUAUCUAUUGCCAAAGUGCUGUGGCACUUUUUUUUUUUUUUUUGUGGAAACAGAGUUGCUCUAACUGACGACCAGGAUGUGGCAUCAGACAUGGCUCCGCCCACUACUUUUCUGGAAUAGUUUGAUAUCCAAUCAUGGCAGGACUGGUGGAAUGGGAGUGGUCACUGCUGGCACAUUGCCUGUUUCACAUGGAGGAUUCUCUAGUCUUUCUCACACUCACUCCACUGUUAUUAGUCACCCGGUUUGUCUUGCCAAAAAUCAAGUGUUUCAUUGAUAAUCCCUGAAACAUGCAACUACCUUAAGUGUUAUUGCCAAAGUUUUGCCUUUGUUUAUUCAGUUGUUGUUUUUUUACCAUACAUGCUAUAACAUCAGCAAGUCAUCGCUAAGGCUUUCUGUCUAGAAUUACUUUCAGACUCUCUGUCCCAGCGGUUUUUAACAAGUAUCCUGUAGACCAUUCCACACUGAAAGAUUGCUGAACAAGACCAAUUUGGGAUUGAACCAAUCGACAUUCAACCAUUUGCCAGCUGAAUGUCAGACGCAAGAACAACUCAUUUGCUUGAUCUAUAAAAAAUGAAUUCUGCAGGGUUAUGUCAUCAAAACCUCAAAUGGAUCACAAACCAUGGCAACUUGGCUUUUGGUCUCCUGUUGCACUGUAAGUCGAUGUUGAGACAUGCUCAUUGGCUUUUCAACUAUUCUGAAAGGAGACCUGAUGGGCUUUCUGUUUCAAUGACAAUCUCCAGUUCAGGUUAGAUGAAACAGAGUCUACAACCGUUUAGAAAGUGAUGCCUGAUAUUCUUUAAUUUAUUUCUUUUUGCUUUCAUUAUUACACCACGCAUGAAUAUUGAGUGCUAAACACUGCAACAGUUUUCUUCAAUAUUAGGUUUAGCGGCUAGCAUGCUACAGUUUGGACAAUUGCUUGCAGUAUGAGUGAGUUUGCAUAGAUUUUUUUUUUCUUCCAAUUAUUUCUUGUUUAUUUGCAUUGACAGUACUUUUUGUCAGCUGUGGACCUUUUUUAAAGUUCAAUACAUUUUGUCUGUUUUAAAAAAAAACAUUUUCUUUGACUGAAGAAAUACAAUGUUUACAAUGUUUGCAUUUUAUUUGUUCCAGUCUGUCUUGGAUGUUGCACUGUUUCCCUGGGACCCCUCUUAGAUUUGUUUUUAAUUGCACAUAAAACACAGUCCUGCUAUGACGAUAAGUUGGCGUAUGGAUAUUUAACAACUGGUUUUCAACUGUUGCAAACCUGCCCUGUAAGAGUCUCCCCCCCCCCCCCCCCCCCCCCUCAUUCUUUUAUCCUUUUCUGGGCAUUUUCCCUCGUGAAAAUACAGUUGCCAUUUCACAGAUG